AGUUCACAUCGUAAGAUGGAGCUCUUGUGCGUUUUCUUCGUAUUUAAUUUAAUAACGUGCGGUAUAAGUUUAAAUCUAGACUACUUAGAUCCAAUGAAAUUACAAACGAAAACAUCGGCAAAAGUGCAGCAAGAAGCCGCGUUAAAUAUUAUAAAUAAAUAUUUGAGCAAUGUGCAAGUGGAAAUUAAUCCUGUUAUGUUCAAUGAUCAUAAGGACGUUUUCGCACUUCGAACUAUAAAUGGACAGCUUCAAAUAAGGGCUAGCACUGGAGUAGCGGCCGUGUGGGGUUUUAACCACUAUUUAAAAAAAUACUGCAAGAGCCAGAUCGCGUGGCAGGCUCGGCGAGUGGUAAUUCCAGAUCCUUUGCCAGAUGUCGAUGAGAUUAUUGUGGCCAAUGACAGAUUCCGUUACUAUCAAAAUGUAUGUACUUCAUCAUAUAGUUUCGUGUGGUGGAAACCAAAUUCCGAGUGGCCUCUCCACAUAGAGUGGAUGGCUUUGAAUGGAAUCAACUUAGCAUUGGCCCCCGUUGCGCAGGAGGCUGCUUGGGCAAAAAUUUACAGACGAUUGGGUAUGUCGGAAAAUGAUAUUAACGAACACUUCACCGGACCGGGUUUUCUCGCUUGGCUUCGAAUGGGUAACGUACAUGGAUGGGGCGGGCCCCUACCUAAAUCUUGGCAUGAUCGACAGAAAGAGAUACAAGACCAAAUUGUCGAUUUAAUGUUCAAACUUGGGAUGGUUCCAGUUUUUCCUGCGUUCAACGGACAUGUGCCCAGAGCUUUUCAAACUAUAUACCCAAAUUUGACUUUAUACAGCGUCGGAACGUGGAACAAAUUUGAUACCGAUUAUUGCUGCAAUUUGUUUAUAGAUCCAAAAGAACCGGAAUUUAAAACAAUUGGUAAAAUGUUUCUAAGGGAAAUAACAGCUAGCACUGGCACGGGAAACAUUUAUGCAGUUGAUCCAUUUAAUGAAAUUAAAAUUGAACCGUGGUCAACGUCGCUGGUACAAGAAACGGCUAAAUCAAUAUAUUCCACCAUAUCAGAAAUAGAUAAGGACGCUGUAUGGCUACUCCAAAACUGGAUGUUCGUUCACAAUCCUCUAUUAUGGCCUUUAAAAAGAGUACAGAAAUUUCUGACAUCUGUACCAAACGGACGAAUGUUAUUGCUCGAUUUGCAAUCGGAGCAAUGGCCUCAAUUCGAUUUGUACGAAAUGUAUUACGGGCAGCCUUUCAUUUGGUGCAUGCUCCAUAAUUUCGGGGGUACACUAGGUAUGUUUGGUAACAUGCAAACCAUCAACAGGGAUGUUUAUAAAGUAAGAAAUCGUGUCAAUAACACGAUGAUCGGCAUAGGAAUAACUCCUGAAGGCAUAAAUCAAAACUACGUAGUUUAUGACUUGAUGUUAGAAAGCGCCUGGCGUACCGGUCCCGUUAAAGAUUUAAAUGAAUGGGUAGGCGAUUACGCCGAACGUCGUUAUGGAUGCAAUGUAACAGCUACGGCUUGGAGGUACUUACUGAAAAGUGUAUACAGUUUUGAUGGUCUUAAUAGAAUAAGAGGGAAGUACGUUAUAACACGCAGACCCAGUUUCACAAUAAAACCUUGGGCAUGGUACAAGAGUCGUGACUUAUUUGAGGCAUUCAAAUUAUUUGCUUUUGUUGAUAAUAAUGCUUGUGAUUCGCCUGGAUUCUUACACGAUCUCGUUGACGUAACAAGACAAGGGUUACAAUACAGAGCUGAACAAUUAUACAUGAAUUUAUUAAGAGACAAAACAUCGAACAGUCUUAUAUUCAAUUUUACAAUAGGACGAUUUCUGGACGCGAUGAACGACAUGGAGAACAUAUUAGCAACAAAUACUGAUUUUACUAUUACCAAUUGGUUAGAAUCUGCUAAACAAAUAGCAUCAACGACUGAAGAGACAUAUCUGUACGAAUUAAACGCACGUAAUCAAAUCACGCUAUGGGGACCGAAAGGCGAAAUAACCGAUUACGCGUGCAAACAAUGGGCGGAACUUUUUCAUUAUUAUUAUAAGCCAAGAUGGUCGAGAUUUUUGCAAAUGGCUUUAGAUGCAAAGUUGAGAAAUGAAACGUUCGACGAAAGGAACGCUCAGCGCGUUGUGAGAUAUUCGGUUGAAGAACAAUUCCUUACUAUUAAUAUUGAUCCAUUACCCGGUAACGAUUCGAGAAUAGUUGCCGUCAGUUUGUAUCAGAAAUGGGCUUACGUGUCUGAUCUGGACGAUCUACCUUUGAACAUUAUUAAGCAAAUAUCACAACAGGAUGAUUCCGAAGAAAUCACACCAUUAGUUACAAUGUGGACGUCCACUACGACCGAUUAAUAACCUUGUAAUUUAAGUUUAUAUUUUGAUGAAAUUGUAUAAACAUAUAUAUUAAAUUACUUAAUGCAAAAAAGUCGUAUGUCCAAGUACUUUACAAGAGAAAAUAAAAACAGAUUAUUUCAUUAUUUUA